AUGCUAUUCGGGUACACCAUCAUUCUAGCAGCUCUUGUGGCUGCCCAAACCGCUAUAGCCACCAAUCACACAGCCUGUUUCAAUUAUUUCUUGCAAAAAGACGGAUGCGUCUUCGCAUCUGCCGACGAUGAGACUCGCUGCAACGCCACAACUGGGAAACCAGAGAUCCAUAGUCCAAUGAAUCCUGUUGGAAGGUUUCAACAAAAAGGAUGUCAAAAGCAUCUUAAAAUACCCGCGCCCAGACCAGCAUCCUUAGGACGACGAUACACCUCUGAGAACACCAACACGUCUUUCGCGAUUGACGAUGGCCCAGGUGCAUGCGGCAAUUACAGUACUAAUAUGCCAGGAGCCUGUCUCUGGGCCGGCACUGAACAAGACAAAGGUGAUAACCCUUUGACCGCAGGAUGGGUGAACGGAGCAAAGACAUCGAACUGCGGGAAACAACUUUACAUUCAGCGUAAAGGUCGGCCCGACAAGCCUUUCUUUGUCCCUGUCGUUGAUGCCUGCAAUUUCUACACCUUGAAUGUUACCAUUGGAUGUUUCCAAAUCGCCGUCACUAACAAGACUUUCUACGAUCUCGAACCCACUGAGCAAGAGCUUCAGCAAGGAUAUCUUGGAGAUCUUGUUUGGGAUUUCAACAACUUGUACGGAAACAAAUCCACAAAUGGUCCUGUAUAA